AGGCGACGAAGAUGAUGGCACGUCGGGACCCCAAAUCUUGGGCCAAGAGACUGGUGAGAGCCCAGACCCUCCAGAAGCAGCGGAGGGCCCCAGUUGGGCCAAGGGCUCCCCCGCCCGAUGAAGAAGAUCCCAGGCUCAAGUGCAAAAACUGCGGGGCCUUUGGCCACACGGCCAGAAGUACCAGGUGCCCCAUGAAGUGCUGGAAGGCAGCCCUGGUUCCAGCGACCUUGGGGAAAAAGGAAGGGAAGGAAAACCUGAAACCAUGGAAGCCCCAGGUUGAAGCCAACCCGGGGCCCUUGAACAAGGAUAAGGGAGAGAAGGAAGAGAGACCAAGGCAACAAGACCCGCAGAGGAAGGCUCUCCUCCACAUAUUUUCUGGGAAACCUCCAGAGAAGCCGCUGCCGAAUCGAAAAGGAUCCACGGAAUCUUCUGAUUAUCUGAGGGUUGCAAGCGGGCCAAUGCCGGUCCACACAACCAGUAAGAGGCCGCGCCUGGGCCCUGUCCUCGCUGAUCGCUCAGCUACCGAAACGUCUGACAGGGGCUCCGUCUUGGCUUCGCCGUCUCCCCUCAGAAAAGCCAGUCUGAGCUCCUCCUCAAGUCUUGGACCAAAGGAAAGACAGACAGGGGCUGCGGCCGACAUCCCUCAGCCUGCAGUCAGGCAUCAGGGCCCCGAGCCUCUCCUCGUGGUGAAGCCGACACACAGCAGCCCUGAGGGUGGCUGCCGAGAAGUUCCCCAGGCUGCCUCCAAAACCCACGGCCUGCUCCAGGCCAUCAGACCCCAGGCACAAGACAUACGUCCUGCGGUGACCUCACAGCCCUGCCCGCCAGCCGCCACACACAGCUUGGGCCUAGGCUCCAAUCUCAGCUUCGGGCCAGGAGCCAAGAGACCUGCCCAGGCUCGGAUUCAGGCUUGCCUGAACUUCCCCAAGAAACCGAGACUGGGUCCCUUCCAGAUCCCCGAAAGCGCCAUCCAGGGAGGUGAGCUGGGGUCCCCGGAGAAUCUCCAACCUCCGCCAGCCGCAACCGAACUUGGACCAAGUACGUCGCCCCAGAUGGGCAGGAGGACACCCGCCCAGGUGCCCAGCGUCGACCGGCAGCCUCCGCACAGCAGACCUUGCCUGCCUACUGCCCAGGCCUGCACCAUGUCCCAUCACCCAGCGGCCAGCCAUGAUGGGGCCCAGCCUCUCACAGUGCUCUUCCGGAGACUGGAAAACGGACGCUGGAGCUCCAGCCUCCUGGCGGCCCCCUCAUUUCACUCUCCUGAGAAGCCGGGAGCCUUCCUCGCUCAGAGCCCUCAUGUGUCAGAGAAGUCUGAGGGUCCCCGUGUUCGUGUCCCACCGAGCGUCCUCUAUGAGGACCUUCAGGUUUCCUCCUCCUCAGAGGACAGCGAUUCUGACCUGGAGUGA